ACAGAACCGGGUGCAUAAUUAGAUCCGCACGGACUCGGGUAGUAGCACAUGUUUAGCCUAUGAUUUCAGCUUCUCGGUAUUUGUCUGAUAAAAUGAACGUGAUUCCUGUUGUUUGCCUUUGUAGCUGUAUUCGCUUCACGGUGGAAGCCAAAGAAUAUGAACGGUUUCCGUGUUCAGAGCCCCGAGAAGCACUGGUACUUGUCAGCUAUUCGGGUGGUAAACGGGCCGGUAUCCGUCACUGAAGGGGGCAGUGCUAAUUUAUCCUGCAGACUGACUGAGACUGAUGAAGAUCUGCAGCAGGUAACAUGGCAAAAAAGGACGCGAGAAAUUCCUCAGAAUCACAACUUCUUGGUCAUCUUACCCCCCCGGGACGUAACACACGUCAACGGAUUAGUGAAUCGGGUCCGAUUUAUUGGAAACUUAACCAUGAAAACAGGAUCAAUUCAGAUAUCGAAUGUAUCGCUGCGAGAUGAAGGUGUGUAUACCUGCAUCUUCACAGUGUUCCCAAGCGGGCCGCACCAGACAGAAACUCGGCUCACAGUUCAUGUUCGUCCUGUAGUGACAGUAACACCUGCGGCGCCCCUGGUGGUCGGGGGAGAGAUUGGCGUCUUAGCGACCUGCAUUGCUGCCAAUGGACGCCCAGCAGCAGGGGUGUCAUGGCGCACAGACCAGCUGGAUGGUCCGACUGAGAUCCAGAAUAACGCGACACAGAACCCCAACGGCACCACAACCGUCAGGAGGUCCCUGCUGGUGACCCCCACCAGGUCCAUGAAUGGCCGAGAGGUGCAGUGUGUGGUGAACCAUACAUCCCUGGAGCAUGACGAGAUUGUGCCGUACAGGAUCUCGGUGCACUAUGCCCCGCAGUCUGUGAAUAUCACUCUAAACGGAAGAUCAUCUGAAGGUCCAGUCUUCCAGUGUGAUGUAGAUGCCAAUCCUGCACCUACAAGAUACACCUGGAGCAGAGUGGACAGCGAAGUACUCGGUCCUUCACUCAGACCGGAGGGAGGCAGGCUGGUGUUUUUAAAGAGGGACCCUGGAUUGAAUGGCCUGUAUGUAUGUGAGGCAUCAAACCAGUAUGGCCGAGUUACUGGGACUCUCUUUGUAUAUACAGAUGUUACCCGAGGCUACUAUGGAGGCCUGAUUGCAGUUAUUGUGGUCUUGCUUUCUGCACUCAGUCUCUUGAGCUUCUACACAUGGAAGACAUCUAUUCGGGUGGUAAACGGGCCGGUAUCCGUCACUGAAGGUGGCAGUGCUAAUUUAUCCUGCAGACUGACUGAGACUGAUGAAGAUCUGCAGCAGGUAACAUGGCGAAAAAGGACACGAGAAAUUCCUCAGAAUCACAACUUCUUGGUCAUCUUACCCCCCCGGGACGUAAGACACAUCAACGGAUUAGUGAAUCGGGUCCGAUUUAUUGGAAACUUAUCCAUGAAAACUGGAUCGAUUCAGAUAUCGAAUGUAUCGCUGCAAGAUGAAGGCGUGUAUACCUGCAUCUUCACGGUGUUCCCAAGCGGGCCGCACCAGAUAGAAACUCAGCUGACAGUUCAUGUUCGUCCUGUAGUGACAGUAACACCUGCAGCGCCCCUGGUGGUCGGAGGAGAGAUUGGCGUCUUAGCGACCUGCAUUGCUGCCAAUGGACGCCCAGCAGCAGGGGUGUCAUGGCGCACAGACCAGCUGGAUGGUCCGACUGAGAUCCAGAAUAACAUGACACAGAACCCCAACGGCACCACAACCGUCAGGAGGUCCCUGCUGGUGACCCCCACCAGGUCCAUGAAUGGCCAAGAGGUGCAGUGUGUGGUGACCCAUAUAUCCCUGGAGCAUGACGAGAUUAUGCCAUACAGGAUCUCGGUGCACUAUGCCCCGCAGUCUGUGAAUAUCACUCUAAACGGAACAUCAUCUGAAGGUCCAGUCUUCCAGUGUGAUGUAGAUGCCAAUCCUGCACCUACAAGAUACACGUGGAGCAGAGUGGACAGUGAAGUACUCGGUCCUUCACUCAGACCAGAGGGAGGCAGGCUGGUGUUUUUAAAGAGGGACCCAGGAUUGAAUGGCCUGUAUGUAUGUGAGGCAUCAAACCAGUAUGGCCGAGUUACUGGGACCCUCUUUGUAUAUACAGAUGUUACCCGAAGCUACUAUGGAGGCCUGAUUGCAGUUAUUGUGGUCUUGCUUUCUGCACUCAUUCUUCUGAGUGUCUAAGAUCAAGGCCACAGCAGGAUGUCUUGGGCAUGCAGGCACUGCGACAGCAGGACACCUGAGUACAAACACUGUUUAUGUCAGCGUGUCCAGGCCUGGAUUUGAACCCAGGAUGUUCCCUGUUAAGGGGUAUAUGAAGGCCUGCUGCUCUGCCUACUUCGGCACCUGAAGGGUGUAAUAUGGAAUUAAUUUCCUGGAGCUUUUGAUUAUGGGCGACAAUUCGGACGCUGCUUUGUAACUUUGCCCUGGAAGCCGAAAGACUUUCUUACUAUAAGUGUGAGUGGAAACGCAAACUUCCCGGAUAUCUGUCAUACUUCCACCACCACUGUCAGUAUCAGAUUAUAUACGUUUACCUUUGUUGACGACUCCUUUUACAAUCUGCACGUAAUGGCAGACAAACCCAGCAAAAAGCAUCCAAGGUGAGACUGGUCCACCGAAACAGAGAAGGAAGCGACAACAGUUGAGGUUAGUGCACUUGAGGCGAUCAACUACAAACUCUGGAAUUACUGCACGCGGACCCCAAAGACCUGACAUCCGCUCUUGAAUUCUCCCGAUGUCAAAGCGAAAGGCUUCAGAAAGAAAACAACGGACUAAAAUGAACAGUCAAAACUUUAUCUGUGCAAGUCACCAGUCUCAUUACCAGGGUUAGGUUAGGGUUACGUUCAGAAAGAACUGAUAGGAAAUAAAUGACAGCUUAACAAUAUCACAUACAAUAAAACCUCAUUUCUGAUAAAAGAAACUCAAUUAUACCAGUCAUAAGGAACACAGCAGGGAAGGCCAUGCGAUCACCCUAAAAAAUAAAUUAUGUGUUCAAGGAAUUUUACUGUUAAUAAUCUCACCACUGACAAGGAACCAAGUCCAAUACAUAUCAGUUCCUUCUUAAGUAAUAUACAGUUAAUCCGACUUAAUAAGGAACAAGCAGAUGAACUGGAUACACCAUUAGCAUCUAUGGAACUUUAUUCAGCACUCGGUAAAAUGCUAAAGAAUAAAGCUCCAGGACUUGAUGGCUUUCUGGCUGGGUUGUAUAAACAUUUUUGGAACUCAAUCCCACCACUGUUUCUCAGAAUGGUGCUUGUUAUUAAGCACAACUCGAUAAUCCCACAACACAUGAACGCCGCCCUCAUUACAGUGUUACCGAUUAGCACUACGGUAGCUUAACUCGACAAAGUAGCACAACUCAUCAGAACACCAGGCCUUUACAUUUGCUUAAGGGGUUUCCUGCCUAUCACUUGCAAAUUGCAGCAAGUUUGGUUGUUCUGCUGCGUUUCAGUGCUUUAUAAGUUUGUUUCUUUAUAGUCCAGUUUAUUUGAUUGUGAUUUAAUUUCUUGUAUUUUUUUUUCUUUGCGAUACUGAUGCAAAUAAGGUAAGUGUUCUAGUUCUCUUGUAUCACAGUACUGUAUUUGACACUGCUUAUUACAUCACCAAGAAACAUCAGGAGGCUGAAUGGCUGCCAUGGAAACCGAACCAGACAAAGUCCAGCAGCCGUGAAUUUCAGUUCCCUGGGUGAUCAAAAGAUGAAACAUCAAAAAUGUGGGAAGAGCUUUUCUGUGUUUGGUAAUUUAACUUUAUAAAUAUGUUGCUUUUUAUAACUGCAGGUCUGCCUUCCUUUGUUUACUUCAUGGUAGUCAAUAGAUUUUAUUGUUUGGAAGUAUUUGCAUUAAAUGUUUUGUAAGUGACCACCCCUUGUGGAGGUGUAAUUACAUGUGCCGCUGUAUUACAUGUGCCUUCUUGUGUGUUAAUGGGGGUGGGGGGGUCAGUUAGAAGUGUUUAAUGACUUUAACAGUAUUGAUUUGGGUUAAGUUUGUACUUUUGUGUAAUAUUGACGUAAAUAAAAAAACCGUUU